UUACUUGCUGCCAGUCGAAGACGUACAGGCUAAUACGAGUUCGUUGAUAACGCCAUCUUCGGCGGCUUGAAUCAACAUUAAUUACAUUACAUCUUCUUUUAGAAUUUCAAAAAUGGCGACAGAAAAAGCACCAGCGAUUGGAAUUGACUUGGGCACCGCCAAUUCUUGCGUGGGAGUCUUUCGAAAUGGAGAGGUGGAGAUCAUUGCUAACGAUCAAGGAAACCGGACCACACCCAAUUAUGUUGGAUUCACAGAUACAAAGAUAUUGAUUGGUGAAUCAGCCAAGAACCAGGUGGCAAUGAACCCAAAUAACACAAUCUUUGAUGUCAAACGCCUGAUUGGAAGACGAUUCACCGAUGACAACGUGCAAUCGGACAUGAAGCACUGGCCUUUCACCGUCAUCAACCAAGGAGGCAAGCCAAUGCUACAGGUAGACUACAUGGGAGAAAAGAGGACAAUGGCACCAGGAGAAAUUAGCUCCAUGGUCCUGACCAAGUUGAAGGAGUCAGCCGAGUCGCAUAUUGGGCAGAAGAUCAACAAUGCCGUCAUCACUGUUCCUGCUUAUUUUAACGAUGCUCAGCGACAAGCGACGAAGGACGCAGGGAUGACCGCUGGACUUAACAUCCUCGGGAUCAUCAACGAUCCCACCGCUGCCGCCCUACGUGGUACUUAG